ACCCUCUGUAGGCCUUUUCCUGUCCAUCCCACCUCUCCCACUCUGCACACCCUUUCCUUGGCCCCAGGAUCCCCAAACCCCUUUCCAGCUCUCCCAGUUCCCCUUUCAUUGAUCCGUGACCCCCUCAACCCCCUCAAAUCUCCAUGUCCCCCCAGUUCUCCACUCCCUGCAUUACCUGACUGUGGCGGUGUCAGAGCCCAGCCCGGGGAUCCCCCAGUACAUGGAAAUUGGGUUUGUGGAUGGGAUCCCCUUCACGCGCUACGACAGCGAGAGGGGCCGGAUGGAGCCACUGUCAGAGUGCGUAAAGGAUUCAGCUGAUCCGGAAUAUUGGGAGAGGAACACCCAGACUGGUGUGAGGAACCAGCACGUGGCUGCCAGGGACCUGGAGAUAUUCCGGGAGCGGUACAACCAGAGCAGGGGUCUCCACACACGGCUGUGGGUUUAUGGCUGUGAGCUCCUGUCCGAUGGGAGCGUCCGUGGAUCCUACCGGGAUGGCUACGAGGGGUGGGAUUUCAUCUCCUUUGACCUGGAAUCUGGGAGAUUCAUCCCAGCCGACAGCGGUGCUGAGAACACCAGGAGGCGCUGGGAACAGGAAGGGGAGGCUGAGAGGUGGACGAAUUACCUGAAGCACGAAUGCCCGGAAUGGCUCCAGAAAUACGUCAGAUAUGGGCAGAAGGAGCUGGAGCGCAAAGGUGGGAGCAGAAAUCCUGUGGGAAUUUGGGAUUUGGGGAUGGAGGACUUGGGAAC